AUGUCUACUCAUCUAUCAACCUUAUUGUGCCUGUGCUUAAUUAUCAUUUCCUGCACGGCCAUACCUCAACAUCGCAAUAUCAACAAUCAUCAACCGCACCCUAACGCAAACAAUAUCCCCCUAGAUGAGAAACCCGAUCCACGUCGUGAAACCUCCACAUGGAUACCAAUUCUAAAAUAUAACAAAGAACAAAGUGAAGAUGGCAGCUAUAAGACAGAAUAUGAAACCGGUAAUAAUAUAAUACACGAAGAAACGGGAUUCCUUAAGGAUUUCUCAGAAAUUAACCCCAAUGGUGUGCUGGUACAACAUGGUCAAUAUUCCUAUCAGUCACCCGAAGGUGAAACAAUUAAUGUUCAGUACACCGCCGAUGAACGUGGAUUCCGUGCCACCGGUGAUCAUAUACCCACACCACCAGCCAUUCCCGAGGAGAUUCAAAAAGGUUUAGAUCAAAUUUAUGCCGGCAUUAAACAGCAACAGGAACGUUUGGAGCAGAGAGCCAAAAGUGAUCCGGAAUUUGCCAAGAAAUUAGAAAAUGUCCGUUUGGCCAAUCAGAAUGGUCAAUAUGUGGGUCCAUUGGAGAAUCCUUAA